AUGUCAGACAACCAUAAACAAUCAAUACCUCAAAAUAACCACCACCAAAAUCAGUUGCAUCAACACCAACAACGACAACAACAACGACAACAACAACAACAACAACAACAACAACAAUCACCUUUUGGUGUUAGUAAUCGCUUUAUCCAACACCAUUUCCCCAAUACAGUAGCAGCAGUAGCAGCAGCAACAACAGCAGGAGCCACAACAAUAACGUCUGCACCAACAACGACGCCACAGCAACAAUCUCCCAUGCAACAACCCCCUUUCUACAACGACAGAGCAACACGAGUACCUGCUGUUUCUCAGGCAACUUCAACUGCAACAGCCAGUACCACAGCCACAUCUACACUAUCUGCUAGUCUAGCCUCGAAUGCAACAACUACUGGCAAAACUGAUUAUAUUGGGAUCUAUGCAAUAGGACGUGAAAUUGGCAAGGGAUCUUUUGCUAUCGUAUACAAAGGUUAUGAUACGACCACUAAUAAACCAGUGGCUAUCAAGUCGGUGUACCGAUCCAAAUUGAAGUCAAAAAAGCUUGUCGAGAAUUUGGAGAUUGAAAUUCAAAUUUUGAAAACAAUGAAACAUCCUCAUAUAGUAGGGUUACUUGAUUAUAAACAAACUGCUGCUCAUUUCCAUUUGGUUAUGGAUUACUGCUCAAUGGGAGAUUUGUCUUAUUUCAUACGAAGAAGAAGUCAGCUCGUCAAGACUCAUCCCGUUAUUUCAAGUUUAUUGCAAAGAUAUCCCUCACCACCUAAUUCACAUGGAUUGAAUCAAGUAUUGAUUUUGCACUUUCUUCGUCAGCUAGCAUCAGCUUUACUGUUUUUGAGGGAAAAAAGCUUGGUACAUCGUGACAUUAAACCGCAAAAUUUACUCUUGUGCCCUCCUUUACAUUCAAAACAAGAAUUUAUUGACGGUAGCUAUAGUGGUAUGUGGGAAUUACCAAUUUUAAAAAUUGCUGACUUUGGAUUUGCUAGAUUUCUACCUUCAACAUCGAUGGCGGAAACUUUAUGUGGAUCUCCCCUUUACAUGGCUCCUGAAAUAUUGCGUUAUGAGAAAUACAAUGCUAAAGCAGAUUUAUGGUCAGUAGGAGCUGUGUUGUAUGAGAUGGCUGUUGGCAAGCCACCGUUCAAAGCGGGGAACCAUAUCGAGCUAUUGAGGAAUAUUGAAAAAGCUAAUGAUAGGAUAAAGUUCCCAUCGGCUGCUGAAGUCCCAGAAUCAUUGAAGCAGUUGAUUAAGUCGCUUUUGAAGUAUAAUCCCACUGAAAGAAUUUCGUUUCAAGAGUUUUUCAAUGAUGAUUUGAUUACUUGCGAUUUGGAUGACACUGAUAAGCCUUUAGAAACGUCCAAUAUGGACGAGGACUUGUUUAUCAGUGAAUACAUUAGUCCCAUCAAGCCAUCAGAGAGGUCUCAGUUUGUCAAAAAUGAUGCCACGGUAACUCCGAUGACACCUGCAUUUAGUCACAAUACACAAGAGACAGCCCCUCUUCUGAUGCGUAACCAGACAAAACAGAGUAUUACCAAGACUGAAUCGGAUAAGGCUCCUACAAACGGUUUUGAGUUGGGCAAAGCUGACGUGAAUAACAACGAGAAAAGAAAUGAUGGCGAUAAGAUUGCCCAAGGAGGCUUUCGCCAAGACGGAUUCAGAGAUGAACCUUCACAUGAUGAUGAUAUCAAAAGAUUAAUUGACAAUAAUAGUCCUGACCCGGAACACCUUAGUCAGUCAAUAGUUAAUAAGAAUCCAACCCGUUUCAAACCAAGAAGGGAUGACUUGAUUCUUGAAAAGGACUACGUGGUUGUGGAAAAAAGAGUUGUUGAGGUCAACGCAGUGGCUGAUGAGCUUGCUCGUGCAGGCGCCGGUGCCGAUGCGAUGAGUGAUCCAAGGGACCACUUUGGUGAGGGUAGAUCUAAAGAACAACAUCGAUCUUUACAAAAGAAUCGCAAAAAUUCAUCUGGUGGAUACCAACGAAGACCCAGCUUUACUGAUCGCCGAAUAUCUAUUUCUAUAUCGCCUACAAAUGCCUUGAGCAAAGCGAUUGGUCUUGCUCUGCAUCGCCUAUUCGGAGCAAACAAUGUCCCAUUCUUGAGCAAUCAAGCAACCCAGAGUACUGCAACAACUGAAGAAGGAACCGAUGGUCAAAAUAGCAACAACAAAAGCGCAUCAUUUUCAACAGUAAUGUCUAGUCCUAACUUUGCCAACAACAAUCUUUUGCAAAAGUUGAAUCUUCCAGUAUCGUCGACAUUGGCUACCACAAUCCCUGGAGAUGAUAAACAACUUACCCCUGAUGAAAUUGUCUUGAAUAAAUUGGAAACCAUUGCUACGAAGUCGCAUGCAGUGAACUUAUUCGCUGAUGUGAAAUUCAGUCAAUUGAUUCCCAGCCCUCCUUCGUCUGAUGAUGCGGGUCACGAUUUCUUGAAUCAAAAUGACGCUUUGCCUCCUAAAAUUGUUCGUACCAUAUGUGAAGAAGGCAUUGUUCUUUACGUGAAAGCUUUGUCACUCUUGGCGAAAGGAAUGUCAGUUGCCAGUGAAUGGUGGUAUGACCUGUUCAACAAUGCAGUAGGCGCUGAUCUUGGCGAUGUUCAUGACGCAAAACGGGAUGUUCGGGUAACAAUGAAGAUAAAUCAAUUGGUCCAAUGGAUAAGAGAUAAGUUCAAUGAAUGUUUGGAAAAAGCAGAAUUUGUAAAGUUGAGGCUACAAGAGGCUAAUAAAGCCAUUGCGAAAGAUGAGGAUCUCCAGUCCAUACCUGAAAACGAGCCUGAUUCACGAAAGGUGAUAGCUGAGAGAUUGAUUUUUGAUAGAGCAUUGGAGAUGUCCAGAAAUGCAGCGGUUAAUGAGUUGGUGAAGGAAGACUUGAAAGGUUGUGAAUUGGCAUAUAGUACCGCGAUCUGGAUGCUCGAGCUGCUUUUGGAUGAAGAUGAACCCACGGAUGACCACGCCAAUGAACACAAGUUGGAUAAUGAGGAUAAAAUAAUGGUUGAGAAAUUCAUCGUUAGUAUUGGCAACAGGUUGUCGGUUUUGAAGAAGAAAAUGGAAUCAAUGUAG